CGUGCCUGUGUGCCCCUGGGCCAGGCCCGGAACCCGGUGUCCCCAGGUGGGGGGUGGGGACACCACGGCCGAAGCUGCUAGCUCCGUUUAUGAUCCGGGAGCCUGGUGCCAGCGAGACCUGGAAUUUCCGGUCUGGUUGGUCUUGGGCCCCGCGGAGCCAGGUUGAUACCCCUCACCUCCCAACCCCAGGCCCUCGGAUGCCCAGAACCUGUAGGCCGCACCGUGGACUUAUUCUUAACCGAGCGGGUGUUGGGGGGACCCUGAUGUGGACCAAAUGAAAUGAACAAAGCUCCACAGCCCACAGGCCCCCCACCCGCCCCAUCCCCUGGACUCCCACAGCCAGCGUUUCCCCCGGGGCAGACAGCACCGGUGGUGUUCAGUACGCCACAAGCGACACAAAUGAACACGCCUUCUCAGCCCCGUCAGCACUUCUACCCUAGCCGGGCCCAGCCCCCGAGCAGUGCAGCUUCCCGAGUGCAGAGUGCAGCCCCCGCCCGCCCUGGCCCAGCUGCCCAUGUCUACCCUGCUGGAUCCCAAGUAAUGAUGAUCCCUUCCCAGAUCUCCUACUCAGCCUCCCAGGGGGCCUACUACAUCCCUGGACAGGGGCGUUCCACAUAUGUUGUUCCGACACAGCAGUAUCCUGUGCAGCCUGGAGCCCCAAGUUUCUAUCCGGGUGCAAGCCCUACAGAGUUUGGGACCUAUGCUGGCACCUACUACCCAGCCCAGGGUGUGCAGCAGUUUCCCACUGGUGUGGCCCCCACCCCGGUUUUGAUGAACCAGCCACCCCAGAUUGCUCCCAAGAGGGAGCGGAAAACGAUCCGAAUUCGAGAUCCAAACCAAGGAGGGAAGGAUAUCACGGAGGAAAUCAUGUCUGGGGCCCGAACCGCCUCCACACCCACUCCUCCCCAGACGGGAGUCGGCCUGGAGCCUCAAGCUAAUGGGGAGACUCCCCAGGUUGCUGUUGUUGUCCGGCCAGAUGACCGGUCACAGGGAGCAAUCAUUGGGGGCCGGCCGGGGCUGCCUGGCACAGAGCAUAGCCCUUCAGAAUCGCAGCCUUCAUCACCUUCUCCGACCCCAUCACCACCCCCAAUCUUGGAACCAGGAUCUGAGCCUAAUCUUGCAGUCCUCUCUAUUCCUGGGGACACUAUGACAACGGGGAUAAUACAAAUGUCUGUAGAAGAAUCAUCCCCCAUGCCCCGUGAAACCGGGGAGCCAUAUUGUCUCUCUCCAGAACCCACUCCCCUCGAUGAACCCAUACUGGAAGUAGAAGUGACACUUAGCAAACCAAUUCCGGAAUCUGAGUUCUCUUCCAGUCCUCUCCAGGUUUCCAUCCCCCUGGCAUCUCCCAAGGUGGAAAUUCUUCCUGAGUCUAAUGGCACGGUCCCAUCUGAGGAUCUAGAACCAGAGCUAGAGUCCUCAAACCCAGAACUUUCCCCUCUCCUUCCUCCCGCUUGUCCCUCUGAAUCCCCCAUGCCUAUUGCUCCAACUGCCCAACCUGAGGAACUGCUCAAUGGAGCCCCCUCACCACCAGCUGCGGACUUGAGCCCAGUCAGUGAGCCAAAGGAGCAGGCCAAGGAGGUUCCAGCACCAGUGGUUCCCCGCACCAUCCUCUCUGCCACUCCAGCUAUGGCUCCUCCCGUGACUUCCCCUGCUCCAGAGGAGGAAAUGGAGGAGGAGGAGGAGGAGGAGGAAGAAGAAGAAGAACCUGGAGAAGCUGAGAGUGAGAAGGGAGGAGAGGAACUGCUUCCCCCAGAGAGUACCCCUGUUCCAGCCCACCUGUCCCAGAAUUUGGAGGCGGCAGCAGCCACCCAAGUGGCAGUAUCUGUGCCAAAGAGGAGACGGAAAAUUAAGGAGCUCAAUAAGAAGGAAGCUGUAGGAGACCUUCUGGAUGCCUUCAAGGAGGCAAACCCAGGAGUACCGGAGGUGGAAAAUCAGCCUUCUGUAGGCAACAACCCCUGUCCAGAGCCUGAGAGCAGCAGUGUGCCCACACGACCUGAGGAACCAGAUGAGACCUGGGACUCAAAGGAAGACAAAAUCCACAAUGCUGAGAAUAUCCAACCUGGGGAACAGAAGUAUGAAUAUAAGUCAGAUCAGUGGAAGCCUCUAAACCUUGAGGAGAAAAAGCGUUAUGACCGUGAGUUCCUGCUUGGCUUUCAGUUCAUCUUUGCCAGUAUGCAGAAGCCGGAGGGAUUGCCUCAUAUCAGUGAUGUGGUAUUGGACAAGGCCAAUAAAACACCACUGCGGCCACUGGAUCCUGCUAGACUUCAAGGCAUAAAUUGUGGCCCAGACUUUACUCCAUCCUUUGCCAACCUUGGCCGACCAACCCUCAGCAGCCGUGGGCCCCCAAGGGGUGGGCCAGGUGGGGAGCUGCCCCGAGGGCCGCAGGCUGGUCUGGGACCCCGGCGCUCUCAGCAGGGCCCCCGAAAGGAGCCACGCAAGAUCAUUGCUACAGUAUUAAUGACCGAAGAUAUAAAACUGAACAAAGCAGAGAAGGCCUGGAAACCCAGCAGCAAGCGGACAGCAGCUGAUAAGGACCGAGGGGAAGAGGAUGCUGAUGGCAGCAAAACCCAGGACCUGUUCCGCAGGGUGCGCGCCAUUCUGAAUAAGCUGACACCCCAGAUGUUCCAGCAGUUGAUGAAGCAAGUGACGCAGCUGGCCAUCGACACUGAGGAACGCCUGAAAGGGGUCAUUGACCUCAUCUUUGAGAAGGCCAUUUCAGAGCCCAACUUCUCUGUGGCCUAUGCCAACAUGUGCCGCUGCCUCAUGGCGCUGAAAGUGCCCACUACAGAAAAGCCAACAGUGACUGUAAACUUUCGAAAACUGUUGUUGAAUCGAUGUCAGAAGGAGUUUGAAAAAGACAAAGAUGAUGAUGAAGUUUUUGAGAAGAAGCAAAAAGAGAUGGAUGAAGCUGCUACGGCAGAGGAACGGGGACGCCUGAAGGAAGAGCUGGAAGAGGCUCGAGAUAUAGCCCGGCGGCGCUCUUUAGGGAAUAUCAAGUUUAUUGGGGAGUUGUUCAAGCUGAAGAUGUUAACAGAGGCAAUAAUGCAUGACUGUGUAGUUAAACUACUUAAGAACCACGACGAAGAGUCCCUUGAAUGCCUUUGCCGUCUGCUCACUACCAUUGGCAAAGACCUAGACUUUGAAAAAGCCAAGCCCCGAAUGGAUCAAUAUUUCAACCAGAUGGAGAAAAUAAUUAAGGAAAAGAAGACUUCAUCCCGAAUCCGCUUCAUGCUGCAAGACGUGCUGGAUCUGCGACGGAGCAAUUGGGUGCCACGCCGAGGGGAUCAGGGUCCCAAGACCAUUGACCAGAUCCAUAAGGAGGCGGAGUUGGAGGAGCAUCGGGAGCACAUAAAAGUGCAGCAGCUAAUGGCCAAGGGCAGCGACAAGCGUCGGGGUGGCCCUCCAGGCCCACCUAUCAGCCGUGGCCUUCCACUUGUAGAUGAUGGUGGUGGCUGGAACACAGUCCCCAUCAGUAAGGGCAGCCGCCCUAUUGACACCUCACGACUCACCAAGAUCACGAAGCCUGGCUCCAUCGAUUCUAACAACCAGCUCUUUGCACCUGGAGGGCGAUUGAGCUGGGGCAAGGGCAGCAGUGGAGGCUCAGGAGCCAAGCCCUCUGACGCAGCAUCAGAAGCUGCUCGAUCAGCUACUAGUACCUUGAAUCGCUUCUCAGCCCUUCAACAGGCAGCACCUACUGAAAGCACAGAAAACAGACGUGUGGCCCAGAGGAGUAGCUUGAGCCGGGAACGAGGUGAGAAAGCUGGGGACCGGGGAGACCGCUUAGAGCGGAGUGAGCGGGGAGGUGAUCGUGGGGACCGGCUAGAUCGCUCUCGGACACCUGGCACCAAGCGGAGCUUCAGCAAGGAAGUGGAGGAACGGAGUAGAGAGCGGCCUUCCCAGCCUGACGGGCUGCGCAAGGCAGCUAGCCUCUCAGAGGAACGGGACCGUGGACGGGAUGCUGGGAAGCGAGACGCCACCUUGCCUCCUGUGAGUCCCCCUAAGGCUGCACUAUCAGAAGAGGAGCUGGAGAAGAAAUCCAAGGCCAUCAUUGAGGAAUACCUCCAUCUCAAUGACAUGAAGGAGGCAGUGCAGUGUGUGCAGGAGCUGGCCUCACCCUCCCUGCUUUUCAUCUUUGUGCGGCAUGGCAUCGAGUCCACACUGGAGCGCAGUGCCAUUGCACGUGAACAUAUGGGACAGCUGCUGCACCAGCUGCUCUGUGCUGGGCACCUCUCCACUGCUCAGUACUAUCAAGGGCUGUUUGAAAUCCUAGAAUUGGCUGAAGACAUGGAAAUUGACAUCCCCCACGUGUGGCUCUACCUAGCAGAACUGGUAACGCCAAUUCUGCAGGAUGGUGGAGUACCCAUGGGGGAGCUGUUCAGGGAGAUUACAAAACCUCUGAGGCCCCUGGGCAAAGCUGCUUCUCUGUUGCUGGAGAUCCUGGGGCUCCUAUGCAAAAGCAUGGUGAGUGAGAGCCUUUCAGGGAUGAUGUGUUCAGGAUUUUUCCCACUGUGCUUUUUGGGCUAUUUGGGUGGUACACUUACCUCUUCCUAUGGGCUCUUUUGCUUGCAGAAGGUGGAGUAUACCCUGGGAGAGGAGUCAGAAGCCCCUGGCCAGAGGUUGCUCUCCUCUGAGGAGCUGAGCAGGCAGCUGGAGAAGCUGCUCAAGGAGGACAGUAGUAACCAGCAGGUGUUUGACUGGAUAGAGGCCAACCUGACUGAGGAGCAGGUAGCAUCCAACACAUUAGUUCGAGCCCUCAUGAAAACUGUCUGCUAUUCCGCAAUUAUCUUUGAGACUACCCUCCGAGUGGAUGUUGCAGUGCUGAAAGCACGAGCGAAACUGCUACAGAAAUACCUAUGUGAUGAGCAGAAGGAGCUGCAGGCACUCUAUGCCCUCCAGGCCCUUGUAGUGACCCUAGAACAGCCCCCCAGUAAGAGCCAGGCUGGAGGGUUGGGGGUGGGGUGGAAGAACCGCCAGAAAGCGGGGACAGUCAUGGAAAGGUGGGUGGUCAUUGGAGAGCAAAAUGCUCUGAUGGUUGAUUCCUUCCCUCUACAGUGUUUGUUUCCUUGUCUACAAAUGGGAGGAGUUAGACUCAGCCUUGAAGGUGUGACCACCUGUUUUGUGCUUAGUCAACUAUUAGAUGUCAGGAAUGCAGAGCUGAUAAAUGUUUUUUCCCUCUGCCAGGCACAGGGCUGAGAUGCUUUUCUUGCCUCAUUAAUCUCACAACUAUUCUUUAGAAUAGAUGGUGUUGUCCGCUUCCAUUUUGGGAGACUAAGGGUCAGGUUAACAUUCCUGAGGUUAUGCAUUCUGCAAAUAGGUAGGUGCUGGGGCCCUGGGAUGUUAGUAAUAAAUCAAGCACAGUUCCCAUGCUGACCUGGAGUGAGGAGUGUUGGAAGAUGGAUCCUUAGUACACUUAGUCUAAGGCAAGCAUGUCAAAAUCUUGGUUCAGCUGGCCGAGAUUUUGACAUGCUUGGUCUAAGGCAGUGGUCUAAGGCAGAUGAGGCCCAGAAAUCAGGAUUUUAAAAAGAUUCCCAGGUGAUUCUAAUGUGCAGCCAAGGUUGAGAACCACUGGUCUAAGGGAUAAUGAGUGGGAAUUGACAAAUGGGAGCUAAAUAACAAGUAGGAGGGGGAGACUUGGAAAAAGGAACUGUGUAGAAGGCCAUGAAGUAGGAAGAACUGGACAGAGGUAAAAGAACUUGAAGGAAGACCAUUGUGGGAGAGCACAGAAACCAGUCAUGUGAGGUAAAAUGGGGUCGAGAGAUGGACAUGGGCUGGAUCAUGCAGGGCUAUGUAAGCCAGGGGUUGAGUUUUGGGCUUUAGCCUAAGGACAAGAAGAGGCCUUUGUGGGACUUAAGCAAAAUUCUAAUUCAGUGUUUAGAUCUGGCUAUUAGGGGAAGAGUAUGGUUUGGAAUAGGGGUGAGUGUGAAUGCAGUAGGUUCAGCUAAUCCAGGAUGUGUCGGUAGUGGCUCAGUCUGGCUGUGGAGAUGGGAGAGGUGUGGGCAGAUUCAAGACAUACACUGACCUGGGAGAGGGCGAUGAGAGUCAUGCCUCCCAGGAAGGUUUUUAGGGUUUAGUAGGUGAGGUGAUAGUGUGGUACCAUCCAUUGAGUGGUAGGAAACACUGGAUCAAGUUGAGUUUGUGGUCUGUGGGUGGGGGUGAUCAGAGAUGUUGGUAGACAGCUGGAUAUCUGAAUUCAUUUGGAGAGGAAGAGAUCAGGGAUAGAGGUCUACCUGUGAGUUUUUAGCACAGGGCAACAACACAUGCAAGUCACAAGUAGAAAAAUAAGAAAAAGAUACGGGAUUGCCUGAGGGAGAGUGAUGAGGGCCUGAGAUAGUACCUUCAGGUGAAGGAUCAACAGAUAGGGAUCAAGCAGGACAGGACCCUAUGAAUGAAGGACAAUAAUUUUAGGAGAGGGAAGUGGUCAGUAAUGCUAGAUGCUGCUUAAGAACUCCAUGAGGUAACCUGAAACUUAAGGGCUUCUGCAGCAUAAAAACAUGGAGGCCAUCCUGGCAGAAUCAUUAUUUGGUGGAGUAGAGUGCAGGAUCUUAAUUGAAAAGGACUGAGUAGUAUUUGACUAAGAAAAGAAAACAAAUGUAAACAAAAAUCUUUGAAUUCAAUCUCUGUCAAAAUACGAAAAUACUUUGUUUGGUUAUGACAUAGUGGUUGUAAAGGAGGCCUUUUGUGUUGAGAUCAGAGAAACUUAGGCUUGAAAAUACAGGGCAGAUUAUGUGUAUAGGGUCCCCAGGGUGGGUGUGCAAAGGAUUUAGAGCACAGGAUUGGGACAAAUGAUGUACUGCUGCUAUUGCUGCUGGAUGGGGAGGGGAGGCUGCCCACAGGCAAGCAGUUGUGGAUUUGAGGGUGUGCAUGCCCCUAAGAGCAUCCUGGAUUGCAGCUGCUUAGGCAGCUCAGUCAGAGUUUCACAAAUGAACUGGGCUCUACAUUUUAUGGUUUAUUCAUUGCUCUCUCUUUAAAAAAAAAAAUAUUGAUUCUUUAGAGAGAGAGAGAGAGAGAGGAAAACAUCAAUUUGUUCUGCUUAUUUAUGGAUUCAUUGAUUCUUUUAUGUGCUCUGACUGGGGAUCGAACCCUCAAGCUUGGUGUAUCAGGCCGCCAUUAACCAACUGAGCUACCUGGUCAGGGCUAUAUUAAUUUCUUUUAUAUUUAUGUAUAUAUAUGUUUUUAUUGAUUUCAG